AUGGACGAAGCAGUAGCUUGGAUUCUGAUGGCAUCAGUAAUGGCAGCGUUCUUGGGAGGAGUGGAGUCCAAGGCGAGGGUGUGUUACUUCGGUCCCCCACCGGAACCUGAUCCUGAUAAUCCGGAUCACUGGAUGAAACAAGUCAUGCAAGAGAUACGGGAACGUUGCCCGGGAAAGAAGGAACGCACCUCAGUCACUCCUGAGUGUUUGAUACCAAAAGCCCUAGGACUUGAAGACGGAUCCAUCACUGACGGUCAAAUCAGCUCGUCUGGUGCUUUGGACGCUUAUCCUGCUCAGAACGCCCGCCUGAACGAUGAUCUUGCAUGGUUACCCUCAGGUGCAAAUCCCUGGAUCGAGGUGGACCUCAUUGAGAGUAAAGUCGUGUCGGGCCUCAUCACACAAGGCUGGUAUUUUGGGUAUGUGACGACGUACAAGGUGGCAUACAAGAAGCAGCCGUCAUCUGGAUACGAACACGUAACAGAUGUUAAUGGAGACGUCAUGGUAUUCAUCGGUAAUACUGAUACCCACACGCCGGUCACUAACCUGUUUGAUGAGAGUGUGGUGGCGACAGUAAUGCGCAUUGAGCCUACUGAAAGGAAUAUUAUUGCUGCGCUCCGGUUUGAGCUGCUUGGAUGUCAUGAUUAA